AUGAGCGUCUUGGAGGAGGACGAGGAAGAGGUUUUGGAUGUGCUACGUGUCCAAAAAGAACUCAGAGAUCUGCCCCGACUAUAAAUCCUGGUCGUCUCCGCUUGACUGCCUGCCUACCGGGUUGGUUUACACACCCUCCGAAAACAUAGUGUGUCGAAAAACUCAUCACAUAAAUUUGGACAACAUGUCUGGGACCAAAAAACAGCGAACAGACCUCCAGAGGGCCACCAACGUGGUGUAUCAGGCCCACCAUGUCAGCAGGAGCAAGAGAGGCCAGGUGGUGGGCACCAGAGGAGGCUUUCGAGGAUGCACAGUGUGGCUAACAGGGUUGUCGGGAGCUGGUAAAACUACCAUCGGCUUUGCUCUGGAGGAGUACUUGGUAUCCCACGCCAUCCCCUGCUACUCUCUGGACGGGGACAACAUCCGACAAGGGCUGAACAGGAACCUUGGCUUCACCUCUGAGCAUCGCGAGGAGAACAUCCGGCGUAUCGCUGAAGUGGCCAAACUGUUUGCCGACGCAGGCUUGGUCUGCAUCACCAGUUUCAUCUCACCCUUCACUAAGGACAGGGACGAGGCCAGGAAAAUCCACGCAGCCGCUGGGCUGCCCUUCUACGAGGUGUUUGUGAACGCCCCACUGGAGGUGUGUGAGAGCCGAGACGUCAAGGGGCUCUACAAGAAGGCCAGAGCUGGCGAGAUCAAAGGUUUCACAGGUAUCGACUCGGACUACGAGAGACCUGAAGCCCCAGAGCUGGUGCUGAAGACUGGGGAGCUGACCGUCAACGAGUGCAUUGACCAGGUGGUGGAGCUGCUCAAGAUUCAUGACAUUGUGCCCUCGGGCGUAACGGAAGAAGUGAAUGAGCUCUUCGUGGAGGAGAACAAGUUGGACCUGGCUCUGAGUGAUGCCAAUAUAUUGCCCAUUGUGAACAUCACCAAGCUUGACCUCCAGUGGGUGCAGGUUCUGGCCGAGGGCUGGGCCACCCCUCUCAAGGGCUUCAUGAGAGAGAGGGAGUUCCUUCAGGUCCUCCACUUCAGCACUCUCCUGGACGGUGGGACGAUCAACCUGUCCGUGCCCAUCGUCCUGCCUGUGUCCACGGAGGACAAGGAGAGGCUGGACGGCUGCGCCGCCUUCGCCCUGCAGUUCAGAGGUCGCCGAGUCGCCAUCCUCCGCAACCCCGAGUUCUACGUGCAUCGGAAGGAGGAGCGUUGUGCCAGACAGUGGGGCACCACUUGCCCCCAGCACCCCUACAUCAAGAUGGUGAUGGAGAGCGGUGAUUGGCUUGCUGGCGGUGAACUGGAGGUGCUGGAGCGAAUCAAAUGGGACGAUGGGCUGGACCAGUACCGCCUUACUCCAAGAGAACUGAGACAAAGGUUCAAGGAUAUGAAAGCAGACGCCAUCUUUGCCUUCCAGCUGCGCAACCCGGUCCACAACGGGCACGCCUUGCUGAUGCAGGACACCAAACGCCGUCUCCUGGCGCGCGGGUACAAGAACCCGGUCCUGCUCCUUCACCCGCUGGGCGGCUGGACCAAGGAGGACGACGUGCCGCUGGACUGGCGCAUGAAGCAGCACGCCGCCGUGCUGGAGGAGGGGGUGCUGGACCCGGCCCACACCAUCGUGGCCAUCUUCCCAUCGCCCAUGAUGUAUGCUGGACCUACAGAGGUGCAAUGGCAUUGCAGGGCCCGCAUGAUCGCCGGUGCCAACUUCUACAUCGUGGGCCGCGACCCCGCUGGCAUGCCUCACCCCGAGACCAAGCAGGACAUGUACGAGCCCACUCACGGGGGCAAGGUGCUCACCAUGGCGCCAGGUCUGACCUCUGUCGAGAUCAUUCCCUUCCGUGUGGCCGCGUACAACAAGGUCAAGAAGGCCAUGGACUUCUAUGAUAAAGAACGAAAUGACGAGUUUGAGUUCAUUUCGGGGACCAAGAUGAGGAGGCUGGCCAGGAGCGGAGAGAACCCACCCGACGGUUUCAUGGCUCCCAAAGCCUGGAAGGUUCUCACCGAAUACUACGGUUCUCUGCAGAAAGACCAGUGAGCUUGGGGGCACGAUCUAUUCCAAAGGCUGCAUUCAGACAGGGCUCUCCCAUGUGCACAACUUUGAGAUGUGACAUAUUGGCUGCUAGUUUUUUUGUUUUGUUUGUUUGUUUGUUUGUUUGAUGUUUAUUUCUUUUUUUUCCCCCUGUAUUUUUCUACGGCCCCUCAGUGUUUUUUGUACAAAAGGAAAACUCUGCAGAGGAUAGUACUGUACUGUAUUUCUCAUACAACUCCGAAGAUCCCGCUCAGUUACUCCUUCACAGCGAAACAUGUCGGUGUUUCUCACCUCAUGGUCUUUCCUGCACCUGAGAAAAAUGGUCAUGCUUGUUCAUCUCACCCAUUUAAAGUCUGAAUGCAGAAUGUACAUAGUGUAAGUGGAGAUAGAGAAAGAGAAAGAUAGAAAGAAAUAAAGAGAGUGAGUAAGAGAGAGAGAGAGAAUCAUAUUUUAUAUUUUAUUUGGAUUUUAAUACAAUCGAUUAGUGCGUAGAGGAAUAGUUUAUGCUACAUGCCUUAAAGUGGGGAUGUUCAGUCUUAUUCAUAAAGGCAUGGUUGUAGCCAGUUUGUUUUACAGAGGAUCUGGCAAUUUUGUGAGUCCGCUGACAAGUAUCGCGUAUCACGUUUUGCCACGUGUCCUUUUCUGGAUAAGAUUGGACAGCCCUGCCUUAAUGAGAUACAGAAAAUGUGAUAUUUUAACUACAAGUUUUAAACGUUCCUUAGUUUUAUAAAUUAUCUGUAGUUUUUUACAUAACAGUGUCAACUGGCUUCUUACAACAAAUAUACUUAAAAAGAAAAUGUUGUGCCUUCUUCAAAACAAAGCAUGUGCAUUCAAGGUGCCAACUUGAACGUGAUAUGUGAAAGCGGAUUUUAAGAGGAAAUUACAUGUUACUGAUUUUUUUUUCCCAUCCAUGUUUUUUGGUGGAUAGUCACUCCUUUUCUCCACUUCAUGUGUGGGUCUCCGUGUGCAAAAGGACACAAUGGCAGUAAUGUCAGAUCCUCUAAAUCUAUCAAAACAAACCGAAAUGUACAAGCCAAUGUCUACAAUUGUCCAUUAGCUGUGAUAUCAACAAUUACUGUCUCUUUUUUAGGGUGCUCCUUAGAUGAAUCAAAUUGAUGUUUUUCCAUCUGUGUCACUAAGAAUGUAAUACUGGUCCAGUAUUUACUUCUGAUAUGAAAUAAUAUGCAAAAGUAUGUCUGUUUUGGAUUUGAGGAGCAUCAACUGUGAACAAAAGCUAUUGAAUGGAUGUUGGGUGUUUAUUUAAAAAAAAGAAGAAAAAAAAGAUCUAUAUAUGCACAAUUUCAUUGUAACACAAAGAUUUAUUGGAUUUUCCUAUUGGCUUCUGAUCUCAGCCUGAAAAAAAAAACACAACAGCAUAUUUAUUGAUUUCCUAAACGGUUACUGAAGUGUCCUGCAUUACUGAAAUGUUGUCCUCCUAUCUCUUAAUGUGAACGUUACGAAGUAUCUUAACACAAGUUCAUGUGAAAUUGUCACUCAUCUUUACUACAUUCCACAGUCAUCCAGGUGAAGACGAUGUGUUUAAGGUGUGGAUGAUCAGAAUCAAAUGUCAAUUAAAAGGUUUAACCAAUACUAUAUGUGAAGUCUUACAUGUAUCAAUGACAAGAAUGAAUGACAAACAGCAACUUUUCUUCACUUAUUUAUUACCAUUAACUUAAGAUAACAUGAUUUCUAAAUUUAAAAUUGUGUCUCACAAAGUAAAACAGACAGUCAACUGAUAAACAAAUUCUCUUCAGAGUGAACUCAGUGUCAACUUUAUCUGCUCAAUAAAUUUGAUAUUUACACAAGACUCCACCAGAGUCAGAAAAGUUAUCAUAUUUCCACACCCAUUCUCUGAUACCGAAUCCCCACUCAGUGCAAUUUCACUAAAGCAUAUCAAACAGGAGCCCCCAAUACAAAGGAUAUAUCUUACACUUGAAGAAUAUUUUCCUUGAAUGUGUGCGUUCUAUCCAAUGUUAGACUGUGAGUAAAUGUGUGUGUGUGUAGUGUGGUGUGGUAUGUCAACAAUGGAAAGAAGCAAAACCAAAAAUGGGAAGCAAAACAUGUACAAAACAUCUGCAAUGCUUCUCCCUAGUGGUUGGGCAGAAACUCUUCACAAGAAAUAAAUACUGCACUAGCAAUAUACUAUCAACAUGUUCAACUGGGUUACACAUUGGACCAAUUCUCUGUCUACAGACUAAGAGGCCAUAAUCAAUGUAAACUUGUAUAAAGCACUUCAAGUAAGAUCCUUAUCUUAUCAAAUGCAAUAGGAAUCUCCACCAAUAAUAGGAUGCAUAAAAUUCACAAUUUGUUUUCUUGACACAGACACACACACACA